CCCUUGGCGAGGCUAAAAGUAGCUAAUUGCAGGACGCUAUGGUACAGUUUUUGGUAAGUCGUUGGGUUCACCAUGAGAGUAGAGCAGUCCCACAGGAGACUUCCCUCCAGUUGGUGGUCUGACUCGGGCUGUUGUAGGUAGUGGACAUGUUGAGGCAAAGGCAUUGCUUUUCUCUCAAACUGUAUGAAAGUAAAUGACUGAUAGGUGAACAUCAUUGACAGUCUGUCAUACCCUCCUUGCUGAUACUGCCACCUUGUGGGGAUGCAGGUUGGAAUAUUUUAUCUUCCCAGUAAAAGCCAGAAAGCCAGAUUUAUAAAUUGGACUUACAUAAAGUACCGAACAUCCCGAAAUUCCAGUUGCAAUGUCGUGACUACUGAGUGUCCACAAAGUAAAUAAAUGUUGGUUUACAGAUCAAGUUUUUGUGCUUAAAACUACAUUUUAAACCCCUUUCAGUGACUACGGAUGAUGUAAAGUGCUAAAUCUCUAGUUUUUACUAGACACACCAGCAUCACAAACUUUGUUUUCAGUGUCUUGUGGAGGUCAAAUGUCAGCAGCCAGAAAAACAGGGUUAACAGUGUAAUAAUCCCUGCUGUUCUCCUGGUGAUGUAGUUACAUGUUUACCAGUAAAGACUCCUGGUAUUAAGGUCAAAAAACCAUCAGCUGACACACACAGAGCUCUGGUUCUUUUGACACUAAGAAGGGAUAACAAAAACACAAGGUGCCAACUUGUGUACACAACAGAAGUAUUUGUGUUGCUUUCUCUGACUACCACUAGCCAAACUGGUCAGGUAUAAGCCAUCACGUCCCUGUCUGGUGGACACUGAAACCAGUAAUUUGGGCCACCGGGACACACCUUGUUUAUGUACAAAGUAUGAACCAGGUGACAUGACUGCAAACCAAACCAUCUCAGGAAAAAGUGGGUGUAGGGGCACCAACAGCUACAGAGGACAAACUCCAAAGGGCAUUUAUGCACUUCCCUCACACACACAAACACACACCUGGAGUGGGUGGCACACAGCGCGGACUAGAUAGGGCACUCAGCCCGGAAAGGCUGCCAGGACAGGGCUAAAAUGUGACUCGGGCCACAGAAUCCAAUGAACUGAUUCCCUCAGGAGGAGACGGGGGGGCUGCUGUGGUACUGAGUGUGCAGAUUCACUUUGGGACAUGACGAGAAAUUUAUGAGCUACUAUAUUUGACCCUAAUGCAGGGAAACUGCAGAGUCCAAAACCAGUAGAUUGGUUUUAUGGUUGUGAACAGAUCGGUGUAAAAACAAAAAACCUUAGGUAGUUUGAAAGUUUGACUUUACUGCUCUUCAAUGCUGUUUGAUGAUCUGUUGUUUUAGUUUCUUCAGCAUAAAGCUAGGGGAAAAUCAGAUGUAUUAAAUAAUUCAUUUUUAUGAAUUAUAAGGAUGCAAAUGAAAGUCAAUGUCAUGUCAAAGUUGAAUAAUUUAAGUUAUUACAGCACUGAACAGUCGAGUAAAGGUUUGUCUUUAAACACAUCAACAUUUUAAGUGUCAUGAUGAAAAUAUUAAGAGCUUUAGUGCUUUUAAAAGUGAGAAGUUCAUUUGGUCUCUAAUUGUGCAGCAGAGUUUGACCUCAUGCGAACACCGAACCGUGGAUUUUCCAAAGCCUGAGGAACCUAAACCCUGACCCCCCCAAAACAGCAAAUAUCAGUGUCAUCAAAUCAAUAACUACCUGAAAACAGCUGUUAAUAAUGCAUCAAUAAUCUUUAUUGAUGUUCGAUUUUGCUACCACAGUGCCAAGCUUUACCCUAAACUCUUGAUAAUGUCUCUGCAUGUUCCCAGUGCCUCAUUAAAACUGUCUCAUGCUGCAACAGGUCAUGAAUUAUUUAACAGAACUGUACAAGAAAAAAAAAACACACAUAGCAUUUAACAUGAUCAUUAAACAUCGAUCAGUGAGUCUGAGGAGGGGGGAAUAAUGCGCCCAUUUUUUUAACCAGUUAUUUCAGUGAGGCUGUAUUUUAAAAGAUUUACGGUAUGUACACACAGCUGAAUUUAACCAUACAAGCAAACAGGUGUGCAACAGACACGCCAAUUUCACACCUGCUGUGCUGCCAUGUCUAUUAUUUUUAACCCACUGCCAUUGUGUUAAAAAAAAUCUGGAACUGUUCCUAAAUGUGCAACCAAUUUACCCAUCAUAAACACGUAAAUCCUUGACUUUUGUACAUGAUAAGAAGCCUCCUGCACAGGAGACCAUGCCUUCCCCCCUCUGCAUUAUUCAAUAAAUUCACCUGAGAUAGUUCCAGAGUCAAAAUCACUGCACACACACGGAUGCUGUUGGUUAUAUUGCAACAAUCAGUUUGGGAAAAUGAGCCUAAUUUGCAUAACGGGGGCGUGUCUUACUCCUCCCACCCUACAGGAUACAAGUGAGCUCUCUAUACUGUAAGAACAUUGAGUACAAUUCAAGUACAGAACUUUUCCUUCUACUUGAGUUCAUUUUUAGACUAUUAGUUUUCUUCUACUGGGUCCCUGUCAUGAUGUUUGAAUGUUUGAUCAAUCGUCAUGUUGUAAAGAAUCGAAUAGUUCAUGCAACUUUUAUCUUAAAUCCAAUUUCUGUGAGAAAGUUUUCUGAUACAAAAGCAAAAGUGAACAUAAACAACAAAACUGCUCUUUUUUCACUAUUGUGACUUUAAAUUCCCAAAACUGAUGUGAAGGGUUGGGUGUCAGUCAAGCAGCUAAAGAAACAAUCCCCUUUAUGCUAUUUCCACUUAAAAUAAUCCUAAUAGGUUCAAUAGAUAUCUAGAUUGAUAAAGAUAGAUAACUUUAAUGUGUGAAGGACAAGAUGAGCAGAGACUGCUUUGACCACAGGGGGCGCCAACAUGAUCAGUUCCUCACACCUUAAAAAAAACAACAACAGGAUUUUCACCAGGCCAUGUUUGAUAAACAACCACCACACAGUAGCUGUGGCCAAUCUGCAGCUGUUUGCCAAAAAACAACAAAAACAUUACACGCAUGGUUCUGCUGAAAAUAUGUGCAGUUCUCUGGGAUAUUCUACCUCCAGUGAAAGCUGCAGAAACUGGCAGAAAUUUCUCCAAGGAACUUUUCCAGAAAAACAAGAACAAAACUGAGGAAAAGUGCAAACUUUGCCUGAAAAAAUAGCUAAACAGUAGGGCUGGGCAAUAUGGGAAAAAGUUUAUCACAAUGUAUUUUUUUUUCAUAUCAGUUGAUAUCGGCAUAUAUCACGAUAUAAAAAAUGAAAUUUAACACUGUUUAUUGAUUGCAUGUCUUUUGAAAUACAAUAAUCUCCUGCAUCUGUGAGGUCUUUGUGUCUCUUUGACGUUGAGACACGUUGCUCUAGAGAAAGCGGACUGAAUGGUCGGCUGAUUCAGCUGCACAGGCGCCAUGGGCUCCUCUCGUCAUGAGGCAGUUGAAUUGCAGCUGGAGACUCAAUGCAUGACGGAAUGCCCACCACCGGUAAGUGGAUGGUCACUACAUUUUGCAAUGCUCUAUGGGAACUUUUGAGUCGCCUAUAUGGGACAUUGGAAUUGAUCACUCAGGUUUCGGACACCCCUCAAAAUAACCCCCAUAUAGGGGUUAGGGAUCCAUUUCGAACACAGUACAUAUUUUAUAUUGAUAUUGAGGGAAAUUAAUUUAAAAUAUAUAUCAUUAUCGUUUUAUCGCCCAGCCCUACUUAACACAAGACUACAAUAACAGUGCACAGAGAGGGAGGCACCCAGCAGGUAGCAAGGCCAACUUUUCCACUAGUCUUUAAAUAGUUCCCAUUGAUAAUCGAUUUGUUUUCUUUCCUAAGAUGCCUGAAGAAACUGUGACUUUUACUUGGGAAAAUGUCAUUAAAGUAACUAAUUGUGCUUAAAAAGACUAUUUUAACACUCUUUCCACCCCUUUUUAACACUUCCAUCAGGAGACAUAGAUGUCAGGCUUUGGCACUAGAUGUUCUCUCCUGGCCCAUAAUGAAGUCUGUGUACCUUAGAUAAAGAAUUGAUCCGUGUGCACAUCACUGUGCUUGUUGUUGUUGUUGCACUGUGUGAAAAUGCGGAACUCCCCCUGUCAGACUGCAGAUGUUGGGAAGACCAUCUGGAGUCUGAGACCAUGUGACAAUCAGGACGUAAAAGUCAGAUUACCCCUUCAUGCAUGUUUGUUUUUUCCCACACUGGAUCAAUGUGAACUCAGUGACAGGACUAAAUGAUGUGACUUUCGGCCUGUCAUGGCACGUUUUCGGACCCUCCAGGACAGACCAAUGAGGCCCAAGCUGCUGUGGACUUUUCAGCCAAUGACACAAGCCAAGGGACAAAACAGAGUGACACAGGGACAGGGUGGUCAGCAGCCACGGUGGGGACAUUUCAGACAAACGGGCAGAUUUAUCACAGUUUUCAGGGUCGCACAGACUCCCCCCUCCCCUACUCUUUACUUGAGCUAGCAGGUGUUAGCCGCUCCCCGUUAGCAUGCUCGGUGGUUAGCCAACAACACUGAGACAGCAGGGACAAACCCACCUGUUUUUCGUCCUCGUAGUCCACCUGAGUGUCCGAGUCCAGGUUCUCUGUCGACAUGGCGUGUGUGUGCGUGAGACGAAGCAAGUGUCCCGCUCUCCGGACAACUCACAGAGGUGAAAAGACGCGGUACCGUUUCUAAUGUACCUGUACUGGAUCUGAUCCUCCUUUUCUGGACACGACUGCUGCUCCCCAACAAAAAUGGCGUAACGAGUUGUGACAUCAGCCCCGGUAGGUUUUCCCCAUUUGUGAUCGGCGUAUACAGUAACCAAUAGGCGAGCGUCAGACGUCCGCUCUGAGCCAAUGAGAUUCCGUACACAGCAGCGCUCGCUAUGAUUGACAGCGUUGUUGGCCAAUCGUUUUACUUUCUGCAAACUGGGGGCGAUGCGGGGGCCGCACUGCAUCAACACAAAGCACCUGUAUGACAGAGAAGAUAUAUAUUAUCGGUGGAACUUACUGGUGUUUAGUGUAGCACACUCUCUGUUAAUUCAACACAUGAAUACACUAACUGUUUGUUCAAUGCAGUAGUCGCUGACAUUAGUGAUACUGUUUGAUAAACACUCAUAACAAGCUAUCUGCUCGGUGAUUGGCUACUCUAUGAGGGUGAGCCCGCCCAUCAAUCAAAUAUUGAGCGGGAAAUCGUUGUGUUACUUUCCCAUAAAACCGCCAUAAGCCACUUAAAAAAAACACAAAAAUCAUUGUCUCUCCUCGAUAAAUAAUCACUCUUACGGACAUGUAAGUACCUACAAGGUUAUUAAAGAUUAAAGUUAGUUUUGCUGUCCUUUAAAGCGAGUGGUUUGCUCAGAAUGUGUUAAACUGACGAUUUUAAUGUAACUAACCUAGCUAAAGCAAAGUGAGGGAUGUUUGUAGCCCUGCUCACAUUUACUCUUUCUUUUACAGUCGAUUAUUUUCUUGUGUUUCACCAAAGCAAUGGCAUGUGUUCAACAAGUGAGAUCUUCCCAGGUAAAAUAGUAUAAGAUUGACUAACUAGUGUAGAGUCAGUGUUGUAAGUUAUUGCAAACAAGCUAACUUUUAUUUUAGCAGUUUUGUAAGCAAAGAGAUCUGUUUCUGGAGUUUUGAGGGUGAAAAGUUACCCUCAUCCUGCCUCACAUAGGAUUUCAGCUGUCUAACUGUAAUGUUCUUUAAUGAAAAAGUCAGUGUUUGGAUGGCAGCAGCCUGUAUUUACUGUAUUGUUUGGCAUUAAUGGUGCUGUCUUAGAUGUGUUUUCUUACCAUUGCCUGUUCAUCAUUCAGAAACUGUUGAACUGUUUGCUCUCAGAGUGAUAAACCUCAUUUUUUCUCGGAGACUCAGCUUCUCUGGAUUAACUUUUUUACACUCACUCAUGUACUCAGGUAUAAAAUGACAAACCUGUUGCAAGUUAACCUAAUAAUCAGAAGAUUUAUCUCCAACAACACUAAUUUUGGUGUUGUAUUUUCCUUGUCUUGUCUCUUACUAAACAUAUUGCUGGUGUCACAUUUAGAGUAAGUUUAUUUAUUUCAUAAAACAAAGAAAAUUCAGUUUUAAUAUAUGGAGUGUCGUCUUUUCACUACUUUUAAAUGAAUGUUUUACACAGCUUUCUAACUCUUUUUUGAACUGUAUUAUUUUUCUAAAAGUUAAGGAGUUUUAAGUUUCAUUUUGUUAUCUUCUCAUACAUUUAUAUGCCUCACCCUCAGACCAGCCUAAAAGGCUAGCAGAAGAACAUCAGAUCUCGACUACUGUUUUGGCCUCUAGAUAAACGAGAUUUAAAUCGGGGUAAAACUUCUGUUUGAAGGAUGUAAAUAUUCUCAUUUUUGGUUCAGACAGAACGCUCUCAGACCAUUUUCCUUCAAAUUUCAGCAUGAGCUUAUCCUCCAUGAAGUUUAUAUUAUUACUGUAGUAUACAGCAUAUCCAAGUCCUCUAAACUAAGCUCAUUUGCUCAUGGAGAGUACUCUACAUAAGUGCUAUUGUGUUUAUUCUGACCUUGGAGCUUGAGCCAUAUGUACCUGAAUUUCUGGAAAUGUAUGAACCUCAAACUCUGCUCUGUAUAGUUUUGACAUCUUUGGAGUUUUUAAACCCUUACACCCCUGCAGCGUGGCUCAAUAUGAGGGACUUGCAUCAUAAAGUUUGGCGUAGGUGAAAUAUGCAAGAUAGGAAUCUUUUAAAUUUAAUAGAGAAGCUGUGCUUCAUUAUAUCCCACAAAAAACAUCCUCAUUAUUAUUUUUUUAUGUUUGAUGUUUUUGUAGAUUUCAGAGAUAAAAGCUUACGUAACAAGUGGAAAAAAUUGCACGUUUUCUCGGGGGGUAACUUGUGAAGCUGAUAUGAAAAAUAGAAUUUGAUAUGCAGCCGUCGGCUGAUUUCUGCUGUUUGUGUAGACUGUUAUGAGUAACCAGACCUGAGUGUUUAUGAUUCAUGUAUGUCUCUCAUACAGGAUACUCAGCUGUUGCCUAACCAGGUUCUCACAGAGCAGCAGUCCUUGGUUGUUAUAAAGAAGCUGCUGGCCAUUGCAGUGUCUGGCAUCACUUAUCUCCGGGGUCUUUUCCCAGUGACAGCCUACGGGGACAAAUAUGUCGAAGGUUAGAUUUCACACAGAACAGCAGCUAUCAAGGUCCGCUUUUACAUUUAGAAACAUUUAUAAAGAAAAUCCUUUCCUCCUUAUUUUUCUCCCCACAGAUCAGAAAGUGAUGAUACUUAAAGAGGAGCGCAGCUGUCCUGGGGCCAGUCAGAUUGUCCAGUGGUAAAUAUUAACAACUUAAUAAACACUUACAAGACAACGACAUGAAUCAGUGUCUGGCCUUCUGUGUACAAAAUUCAAAUGAAUACCUUUUUAAAAUGAGCCGUGAAACAGACAGAAUUUAGACCAUCAAUACAUCAGUACAUGGUUAUUUAAGUAACAUGAGAAUAUGUUAAGAAAAUAGCUGAAUAUGGUGAAAUUCUGUCAGAAAUAAAAACCCAUCUCAAAACAUCCACUGUACAGAUCUGUGCUAAAGCAAUAAAAACUCAAAAACAAUACAUAAAAGGCUGUGAAUCAUCUCUGUGAGAUAUCUCAUAAAACAGAAGAGGUGUAUAGAUGUCUGACUGUACUCUUGCUGAUUCAUAUUUAGGUGAGGCGGACUAGUUUUGUGACAUCAACCCAUCAAUUAUCCUGUAUGUGAUGAUGUGAUCUGCUCUACUUUUAGUAAACCUGUACAUGAACGGCAAAACUUGAAAAAACAAUCAGUUUUAUGCUCAGAGUUGAACAAAUAAAGCAUAGUGUAUUUUUUUUACUCUGUAAUCUUGCAGCUUUUCUUUGAGAAUGAUUGUCCUCUCAGUGCAGUGUUAACAUUUAAACUGAGGAUAUGCUUUUUUUAAAUGUUUAUUCACUGUUUAUGAAGAUGUCUGAGUUUGAUGCCUAAGGCCAAAAUCUGCAUGAGUGCCAAAACUUUUCUCAGACAUAGUUUAAGUUCAUAACAAGGAGCAAGAAGGGAGCCAUACUACUUGUAAUAAUGAUAAAAAAUUAUUACUGCAAUAUGGUUUAGUGCAACAUCUCCACAUUUGAAGUUAGAGUGCCACUUUGUUAAGAGUUCAGUUUGGGAGUCUCUUACGGAAUGAAAAGGCUUUAGAUUCAAGUUGAGGACAGAAGCUGCAUGAAGUACCGGUAACAUUUGUGAUGUGGAUGAGCAGCAGAGCUUUUUAUACCAUGAAGUGAAGCUCAUACACAACUAGUGGUCCACCAUCUGUAGGCUUUAAAUCACUCAUCUGCUGUGCACUAUAUUUAUCAGACCACAUACUAUACCUUCAUGCUCAGAUGCCAAAACAUUUAUCAUGAUGAUAACUGAAAGCUCAGUCUUACUCUUGUCCCUCUUGUAUUUCCAGGAUGCAGGGUUGCUUUGAGGCCAUCCAGAAGAAAUAUGUAAGUCAAAUCUGAGUUGAAUGAUUUGUUUUUUUUAAGUCCAUACAAACAUUGUCUAGUUAACAGCUUCAGACUUACAUGUAUUUUCCUCUCUCCUCCAGCUGCGGACAGUUAUCAUGUCCGUGAGUAUAUCUUCAAACUUGCACCUGCUCGUAUCUUCUUGUAAUGUGUAAUCAUGGUACAUAUUCAGUGCAGUAAAGAGCUAAACAGGCAAAUCUGAGCAGUUACCACCACAGCUAAUCGUACUUUUGGGACGAGUGUUCCUGCAGAUGUUGUGCAGCUUUUAGUCCUCUCUGUAUUAGUCUGAUAAUGUUCAUUAUCUUUGUCUGUUUUUUUUUAGAUCUAUACAGACCAAGAGAACCCCCAGGUAAUGCACGGGCUGUUUCUCGCCUUUGUUGAUGUUUAUUAGUGCCGAGAAACUGUAUAGAUAACUGCUCGUAUACUCACGGCCUAUCUCAUACAGCAGCUGUUUGUUUCUUAUCUUUCAGAAAGUGACUGAACUUUAUCAGUUCAGGAUCCAGUACACCGCAGAGGGAGCGCAGAUGGACUUUGAAAGGUGGGAUUUCUUUUUUUUUAACCGAUGCUCAUGAACUCGACUACAAAAUGUGCUGAGUAAACCCCAAAGCAUCCCCAGAGCAAGAAACAAAUACGUGAAAUAAAACAUCUCAAAGUUGGCUCAACACACGUCUGUGCCUGUUCUGUGAGUCGGGUGUUCUUGUAGGAAACAACAAACAACAUGAUUACAAAGACCUGUAGUUUCAGAUGGAGACUGAGAGUAAAUCAGAGUAAUAACUUGAUAAGUUCAGGACUUAUGAAGCUGGAAUUUAAACUUUUUGCUAUCGGUAUUGGGAGCUGUUUUAAUUAGGGAUGCACUGAUCCGAUAUUUGGAUAGGAUAUCGGCUCCGAUAUUGACAAAUUAACCGGAUCGGAUAUCUGAUGAAUGAAGCCGAUCUAGAGUUCCGGUACAGUCUUUUUUUUCUUUUAAUUAAUAUCAAACACAAAAACACAGAUUCUGUUCGCUCUGUAUUCUAUGUCUGUCUUUCCUUUUGCACUAAAUGUUUACAUGGAAGUCUUAAUUCUUUUGAUGUGUGCUAAUGUGCAAUUUUUUAUUUGUUAGUAAAUAAUAUCAAGUAAAUUUAUAUCUGUGUUAAUUUGUUACCUUUUAUUUAACAAGGCUAAUGUCAACCCUGAUGCCUUCACUCACAGGUCAAAAAUAUCAAUAUUGGAUUGGAUUGGAAAAAAAUGGAUCGGUGCAUCUCUAGUUUUUAUUAGCUUGAAAUAUGUUAAGAUUUGGGGUAUUCAGUUUACAAAAAAAACAAUGAUGCACAUGAUUCUCCUUUAUUGAAUUAUGGGAUGUAAAGGAGGUCAGAGUUCAGAUGCUAUCCAGAACAGAGCUGUUUGCUGUUUUCUUAGGGUUUUAUAAAUUUGCACCAAGAUAGGAUUGAUAAGAAGAGUUUUCUUUGGAGUCCAGAGGUUGAUUUUGUUUUUAAAGAAACAUGAUUACAGUUUAUCUGUUCAAUAAUUUAGGGAUAAGCUGCCUGAUAAGAUUGACACAAUACAGUUGAAUGAAUGUUUAUUUAUCCAGGAGGAACACAGAUUGUGUAAACUGUGAAUCAUGCUUUCUUUCGUAUUGUCCUCUAUAUUACAAAACUAGUCAUUAAAAAUAUGACAGUUUUACAAAUCCUAAAUGGAUUACAUAAACAGUUUCUGAUGAUUGUUCCUUUUUUUUUGCCUUUUUUGAAUAAAGCUUUAAGACUUGAGCAUCUCAGCUUUCUGCAGGUCUAAACAAGAUUUUUCUCCUCCUCUCCAGCAGCAGCAACAACAACAACAACACGCUGUCCAUGUCAUCAGGCAACACCAAGAAGGCGAGCAUCCUGCUGGUGAGAAAGCUCUACACCCUGAUGCAGAACCUGGGUCCUCUGCCAGACAGUGUGUGCCUCAACAUGAAGCUGGCUUAUUAUGACAACGGUAACACACAAGAACACACAAAUGGCACACAAUAAAGUCGACAGCUGACUCCUCUCUCUCUGGUCAGGUUUUGUCCUUCUCCGUCUAACUGCUACUGUUUGUUUGUCUGUUUCCAGUCACUCCUCACGACUACCAGCCGUCGGGCUUCAAAGAGGCCGAAGGUGACACCAUGGAGUUUGAGAGGGAGCCGGUUCGACUCACCAUGGGUGAGGUGGUCACUCCCUUCCACAGUCUGAAGCUAGACAUGACCACAGAGAGACAGAGACUGGAGCGGGUAAGAGAAAGAAGCAGAAAACAAAGGGACAGAAAUAAAACGUUGAAGUGAGGGGCUGUUAAACCUUUUUAUUUAUCCUCUAUUAAAUGUACGAGUCCUGUUCUUCUUCGUGUUCAUUGUCUCAGAGUUUUAAGUGGACAGCUUUUUGACCUUUGUCUCCUGAUAACGAGGUUCACUGCAGUCAGCCCCUCUGGGAGCUGAUUUUCAUAGAUGGUUUUGUGUGUUGUUAAACGUCUGCAGGUGGAGGAGAGCGUUUGUGUGAAAGAGAAGUGGCUUCUGAAGAUGGAGGAGGAGGGCGUCCUGUCACAGGUCAGCACACAAGUCAAGACAAGUCAAACUUAUUUAGAAAGCAUAUAAGAAACAACUCAUGUUGACCGAAGUGCUGAAGAGAUUAAAUAAAAUCACAAUGAAGACUCAAACCAACUUGAGUAAAUACUUUUUUUGCCUCGAGCUCAUAGAGAACUCUCUAUUCUGAUUUUCCAGACUACCACAGCAGCACUUGUUUAGGUUUAUAUCUUUAAAAUGUUACCGUGAAGCCUGAGUUUGUCAACUUUCAACACGACACACGUGGAACAUAAAAUACCAAGAUCAAACUGGAAUAGGAAUAAGCAGCUGAAGUAGGUUUCAGUAAGACUCCCACACCUCAACAGUAACGUUUAUAUUCACUGUGGACUCCUGCUAACUAGUUUUCACUCUCUGUAAGCGGAAACACACACACACACUUUUAGUGGAUAUACUUUGAUUCGGUGCCCUGAGGACUGAACUGCAGCUCUUACAGCCGAUUUCACAGCUGCUGACUGAAACAACCUGCUGAAGAAAUUUGAAAAGUUUUCGUGUUUUUUGUUUUGAGCUGCAAAAGCGUGCGAGACGUUUUAGUCAGUGUGUGUUAUCAAGAGUAGUCAGUAUGUUGACAUGGUAUUAUCAUGGUUUCUGAUAAAAUGUGUCAAUCUGCAGAGCCAUUUGAACGAAGACAAGCCUGUAAGCAAGAACACAGACUUGGACAACACGGGUAAAUCCUCCUCUCACUUCACAACAGCUUCGUACAAAAUAAACUUAAAAUUGACGGAAUAACUCUGCAUGUUAAUUAAGCAGGAAAUGUUCUUCAGAUUGUUAAAGAGUCUUUUCUUUUAUCUCAGAGAUCCAGAUGACAAGUCAGAAGAAGAUUAAGAGCUGUGAGGAAGUCACAGAGGUAAGUGUGAUACAAACAACACUGACUUCAACGCAAAGAGAGAUUUGUAGAAAUGAAGAUCUCUGCUGCAGAAGGUAAGUCAGACCUGAACCAAACUUCCUACCUCUCACCGUGUGCACUGAGCUGCUCUGUCACACACAUACACAGUGUUCAAGCUGCUUUUUAAAACCACAUAUCAGUUUCAAAGCCUUGUAUAAAACUUUUUAAAAGUGCUGAAUCAUUUCUCAGACAGCUGCUACAGUGAGCUCUUGAGCAGCUGCUGCUUCUUCUUCUUCUCUGUUUUAUGAAAUGUGGCAGGAACCACAAACACCUGAACCGUAUGUGUUUAUUUUAACACCAUAUCUAUACUUUUCGUUAAUACCAAUCAACUGCAACAGCAGGAUGAUACACUAAUACACCUGUGUGGCUGCUCUGAACUUCACACACAUACCACUUAGACAGGCAGUGUGGCCUGGCUGUUAUUCAUGCAAACACACCUGUUCGCUUCAGUCUUACUUUUCUUGGCAAGUGAAAACUGCUGGUUUGAAACUCAGACAUGAAACCUGCAAUAAAGGGUUAAAUUAGAUUUGUUUAGUUUUGUGCUGUGGUAUAUUAGAAAUCAGUGACUAAUAAAGUGGAUAAAAGUUCAAUGAAAUGCACUUUUAUUUUUGCAUGUUUUAAUCCAGCAUUACAUGGGUUAUUACAUUAACUGUAAAAUGCUGGAUAGGUCUAUAAAAUGUGCAGAAAUUAUCCAUAAAUUCACAUUAAAACAAACUCCAAAAUAAUAAGAGACACAAACUAUAAUGCAGUAAAACAUGAACACCUGAGCCCUCUUCAAAAACCAUAAGGGGGUCUUCUUUUAACAUAAAACAAAGUGGGUGUAGACUUGAGUGUAAACACCGAGCAUAAAACAGCUUUAAGUGCUUUAAUGGUCGGAGGCGUCACAGACCAUCUGUCCCCUCUCAGAUGGACACACUUGUGAAGAGGACCUCUGACAUGGAGGUGGGCCUGAGGAGGACCAGGAGUGGCCGCAUCAUCAGAUCCACUACGGUCAGUCAGCCUCUCAAACCUGAACGGCUUCUUAUUCUCUCCUUAAACUGUCAUAGCCAGACUCCUUUAGACCUCUUCAACCUUUUAACUCCUCUGCUAAUGAACCACUUAGCAGAUAUUAUUUUAGUUUGGACUGUUUUGACGUGUAAAUGAGAGGUAUUUUAUGCAACAAAACAAGGCUGCACUUAGGUUUGUUUUACAUAAUGUGUUAUGUUAAAACACAGCGCACUACAUCUGGUCUAUUUGAGGAUUUUGAGCACGAGUGUGGAGGCAGUUAGAGCAGAUGGUUCACAGAUAAUGACCACUUGGAUAAGCCGGUAGCAGAAAACUGCUUUUCUUUUUUUGUUUAUUUAAAGUUAAAAAUGUUGAGAAAUGAAAGUUAAAUGAUGUUAAUGAUGAUAAAAAAUCAUUAGAGAAAUAAAAAAACAGCUUCUGUGUCGUUAAGUGUGUAUGUGUGUGUUUGUACAGGAGACAAACCUGACCCUGAACAACAAGAAGAGGACAGCUGCGAAGCCCAAAGAGGUGAAAAACUCAUCUUUACAGAGUCCUGUGUAUAAACUCAGAGCUGUUACUGCAUUUCUCGGAGCUGGAGUUUGGUUCCCUGGGUUCAGUUGGUUUUACAUGCAGCAUGUGUAUUUUUGAUUUCUGGUGAUUUAACAGCUGUUCUUCGACAAAUAGAGCAUUUCUCCAGAGAUGAGUCUUAAAAUGGAAAAAUGCGUAGGAUCCCCGUUUGUUCCACAGAUGAGUCAGCACUGAUCACUUUGGUUUUCUGAGUGGGAAGCUGUCUGUCGGUACACUCAUACAAUUCAGUGGUUAGCUCGCUGUUAGCUGACUGUUUCCUCUGAUGCUUUCAGGUUUGUCCGUAUGACAUCCCCACCAGCCAGGAAACGCUGUCCACCACCGAGCCGACUAAGAGACGCAAAUUCAGCGAGCCCAAAGACCUAAUGGGAAACCAUUAAACCUGCUGUAUUGAUUCACACAUUUGUUUUUUUUUUAUGUUUCCAUUUGGAAAAUAAGCUUCCGGUCUGUUUUUUAAAGUGAGUGUUACUUCUUUUAGCAUCAAUGUUGAGGUUUGGAUCACUGUUUGGUUGCUCUACAGUUCAGUUUAGUGCAAUAAGAAAUUUGAAGUUAGCAUGCUGAAGAAAAUGCACUUGUGUUUUUUAACUGUUACAUUUGUUCGCACCUGUUUUUUAACUGUUACAUUUGUUCGCACCUGUUUUUUAACUGUUUUGUUUGUUUACAUUUUAUAAUUUGAAUAAAGUACCAAAAUAAA